CCGGCUGCUCGCGGUUGCAGCGCGGCCCUUUUGCAGCAGCGGUGGCCGUAAAGCGCAGAGCGGGCCGGGAACUGCGGCGGCUCAUUGGCUUCAGGUCCCUCUUCCCCCUCCUGGAGAGAAGCGCCCCGCCCCCGCCGCGCUGCGCGACAAUGGAUUCACGCUUCACGCGUGGGAAAUCUGCCAUCCUGGAGCGGUCUCUGACCCGGCCAAAGAUGGAGGUCAGCCUGAGCGCGUUCUCUCUGCUCUUCUCCGAGAUAGUCCAGUACUGUCAGAACCGGGUGUACUCCGUCUCAGAGCUCCAGAACAAGCUCUCUGAGCUGGGCCAGCAGGUGGGAGCUCGCAUCCUGGAUGUGCUGGUCAUGCGGGAGAAAAACGGCAAGCGAGAGACCAAGGUCAUCAACAUUCUCCUCUUCAUCAAGGUGACGGUGUGGAAGGCCUUGUUCGGAAAGGAGGCAGACAAGCUGGAGCAGGCCAAUGAUGAUGACAAGACCUACUACAUUAUCGAGAAAGAGCCGCUGAUCAACACGUACAUCUCGGUGCCCAAGGAGAACAGCACACUCAACUGUGCCUCCUUCACAGCUGGCAUCGUGGAAGCCAUCCUCACUUACAGCGGCUUCCCUGCCAAGGUCACAGCCCACUGGCACAAGGGCACCACCCUCAUGAUCAAAUUUGAUGAGUCCGUCAUCGCGCGAGACAAAGCCCUGGACGGCCGCUGAGCACACUGCGGGGGGAGCUGACGUGCUGCUCUUGUACAUGUGCACUGUAACUAAAAGGACUGUGCUAGGAUGUCCUCAAAGGGGUGCCGUGACUUGUCUGGCGCAGCCAGUGUGUAGAUCAGAA